AUGGAUAUUUUCCUUUCACAGCCAAUAAAUAUAGUACUAGCUAUACUUUUAGUGCUUAUAUACAACAUAUGGAAGAUCAAAAAACCUAGUAACAAAUUCAAGGGUAUGAAACCACCAGAACCAUUAUUUGCAUUACCUUUAAUAGGUCACCUCCAUCUACUAGGAAAACAAAUCCCUCUUGCAAGAAUCUUUGCUUCAUUUUCUGACAAAUAUGGUCCUGUCUUCCAAAUCCGUUUAGGAGCAUACCCUGCACUUAUUAUUUCCAACAAAGAAGCAAUCAAAGAAUGUUUCACCACAAAUGACAAAAUCUUAGCCUCAAGACCAAAGUCAAGUCAUGGAAUUCACCUAGGUUAUAACUAUGCUGGAUUUAGUUUUGCACCUUCUGGCCCAUAUUUUUCAAAGCUAAAGAAAAUAACCAUGGUUGAAUUACUUUCGUCUCGCCGCCUCGAAUCAUUGAGGCAUGUUUAUGAAUCGGAGAUUCAUACUUGGAUUAAGGAUCUUUCAUUUUAUGUUAAGGGAAACAACAAUGUUAAGGUUGUAAUUAGUGAAUGGUUGAAAAGGUUAUCAUUUAAUACAAUCACAAAGAUGAUUGGUGGGAAAAGGUAUUUUGAGAAUUUGAAUGUGGAAGAUGUAGAAGCACAUGGUAAUAUUGUGAAUCUUAUAAGAGAAUUUAUGCUUAUUGCUGGUGAUUUUGUUCCUAAGGACUUGAUUCCAAUUAUUGGUUGGUUUGGUUUUGAAGGACAAGUGCUUAAAUCUAUGAAAAGAGUUGGUAAAGAUUUGGAAACACUUGUUGGAAGCUGGAUUGAAGAACAUAUUGUUAAUAAUUCAAAUGAGAAACAUGAUUUCAUUGAUGUGAUGCUCUCUGUGAUUGAAGAUGAUCGUGUUUAUGGUCAUAACCGUGAUACUAUUAUCAAAGCAAAUAUUACGGAUCUUAUGUUAGCUGGGUCAGACUCAACAUCCACAACAUUGACAUGGAUCGUAGCCUUAUUGUUGAAUAAUAGGAAUGUUUUAAAACGUGCACAAGAGGAGAUAGACCAUCAUAUAGGUAAGGGCAGAAGGGUAGAAUCGUCGGACAUAAAAAACUUGGUUUAUUUGCAAGCAAUUUUAAAAGAAACUUUGAGGUUAUACCCAGCAGCUCCACUACUAGCACCCCAUGAAGCCACAGAAGAUUGUAACAUUCAAGGCUAUUAUGUACCAAAAGGAACACGUGUAUUUUUCAAUGUAUGGAAAUUACAUAGAGAUCCAAGUAUUUGGUCAGAGCCUGAAAAGUUUUUACCUGAAAGGUUUAUUAAUGAGAAUGGAGAAAUUGAUCAUGAAAGUCAUCAUUUUGAGUACCUUCCUUUUGGAUUAGGGAGAAGAGCUUGUCCUGGAUCUUUGUUUGCUACACAAAAUAGUCUCAUUACACUUGCAUGUCUUCUUCAUGGGUUUGAUUUGGAAGUGCCAAUGGAUGAAGUUGUUGAUAUGAGAGAAGGUUUGGGAAUAACUUUACCUAAGUUAACUCCAUUGCAAGUUGUUUUGACCCCACGAUUACCCUUUGAACUCUAUCAAUGAUACGCAUUAUUAUUAUUAUUAUGCAAAUAAAGUAUCAUCCGCGUACAAUUGUGAAGACUGAUUUUUCAAAACAUAUAAGAUCACAACAAAUAACAAAGUACGCUACGAUGGUUUAAACAAUAAUACAUAGCUUAGAUCCCAAGACUUCUUGUUAAGCUGGUAAAGAUUCAAACCAU